UAUUCGCAUGUUUUCAUUCGCGUCUGUUCGGUUUCGCAAAAGUUGUCGUCAUAUUUGUUGUCGUGGUAUCGGAGGAUUGGCUGUCUGUACAAAUAAUUUGCAAUUGCAAUUUGUACUGUUAGGAUGUCCAGUGUUUUAAGUGAAGGAUCUUCACUACCUCACAAAAAUUCUUCUAAACUUUUAGAAAAAUAUGAAGAAGAACCAGUAACACAAACAGACGUAGCGACAAUGAAUCAACCGAAGGACGCAAUCAUUCGCAUAGAUGUGCCGGGCACAACAAAACACACUGAGAGAACAGAGCAGGCAGACAUCAACAUACUAUGCCUUGACUUAAAACCAUUCAGCUUCAUAGUGCAAUUCAUGUUCUGUCUACUCUUCGUAUUCAUAUUUUACUUAGCAUAUGGAUAUUUCCUCGAAUUAUUAUUUGCAAAUUCAGAAGUCAGCUUCUACAUAACUCUAGUUCAAUUUUUAAUAACGACUGCAUUGAGUUAUGUUGAAUCGUUGAUAAGGAGUCGUAUAAAACGGAAGGUACCACUGAAAACCUACGCUCUACUAGCAGCAUUGACCCUCGGUACCAUGGCGUUUUCAAACCUUGCUCUGAGCUAUCUAAACUACCCGACGCAGCUGAUCUUCAAGAGUUGCAAACUAAUACCUGUGAUGAUUGGCAGUAUUAUUAUAAUGGGCAAACGGUACGGGUUUCUGGACUAUGUGUCAGCUGUGGUCAUGUGUAUUGGCCUGACUAUGUUCACUUUAGCGGACUCCCAAACAUCGCCAAAGUUCAACUUUGUAGGUGUAAUAGUGAUAUCACUAGCGUUACUAUGCGACGCUAUCAUCGGGAACGUACAAGAGAAGGCGAUGAAACAACAUCACGCAUCUAACAACGAAGUAGUAUUCUAUUCUUACGCUAUCGGCUCCAUAUAUUUGCUGUUCAUUACUGUGCCUACUGGGAUCAUGUCGGCUGGUAUUGAGUAUUGUGCACAGAAUCCACUUACAAUGUACUUGAAUAUCUUCUUCCUGAGUUUGACUGGGUAUUUGGGCUUGCAAGCAGUAUUAACACUGGUCCGUAUCUGUGGCGCCACCAUCGCUGUGACGGUGACCACCUUCAGGAAGGUGCUCUCCAUUAUUAUAUCCUUCUUGGUGUUCAGCAAGCCUUUUGUGUUCCAGUAUGUAUGGUCCGGUAUGCUGGUAAUACUAGCGAUAUACCUAAACCAUUAUAGUAAGAAAAAUCCGAACUAUGUUCCCAGCAUCGUGGUGAGAUGCUGGCAGUAUAUGAAUGGUCUUUACCAGUCUGAGUACCGGUAUUUAAGAAUUAAGAGUAAAAUGUACGCUGAUACCGUUUAAUUUUAAUUAUUAUUUGUGAUCUUUACGCCUGAAAACUGAAAGGCUACUCAGAUUUAAGUUGCACUUAAGUAUCGUAUCGUCUCAGUCAUUUUACAAAGAUUAAAAAAAAUCGUUGACCUACACUAGGAUUUUCUCCUGUGUCGUGGGCGCGUUUACAA